UUCUUUGGUUAAAUUUGUUUCCGCGUGGUUCUGAUUUAUUGGUUUUAACAAUAUUAUAAAAUUGCAAAGAAAAAAAUGAAUUACAAUUUUGUUAUUAUUCUUUUCACUUGUGUUCUGGGUGUCACUUUAGCAUCCAAAAAACACAAGGUUGAUAAGGUCCAUUCUGAAGUUAUGUCCUAUGUCCACCAGCAAAUGGGAGAUAGUGUUAGGAUGAGACGCGGUGGAGGAGGAGGAAGUUCCUUGCAUCUUGAUUGUUAUAAUGGAUUCAUUCCCUUGAUCAAUUCUUUGGCAUCGAAUGCAAAAAAUGUCUCAGAGUUAUGUGUGGACGAUGCCAACAAGGAAAAAGAUCAGGAAUUAUCGACACUGAUUUCGGAACGUCAACAAAUUGAAAAUGAUGUUGCUAGAAUUACCAAAUCAUUAGAUGAGUGUGGCUAUGAAAAGGGAUUGAAUUAUUUCAAAUGUCUUGCUGAUAAUACUGAGCAAAAUAGAAAACUAAUGGCAAACAUUAGAGAUAAAUCUAGCGAGCUUAUAUCCAAAUUUGGUGAUAAAAUGGCUGCAAUCGAUGAAAAUGAGUCCAGUUGUCUUAUGGAUGCAGUUGACAUGGCUAAAAUUGCAACUGACAAUGCAUUUGGUGACCUUAAGUCUUGUCUCAAUGGUGGCCCAGCAAUUCAACCAUUUAUUGAAUAAAUUUAAUAAAACCGGUAGAAAGCUUA